AUGGCCGACUAUCAGUACGGAGGCUCCGAAGAGGAGAAUGCGGAGAUUAGAAAUCUCGAGACCCAGCUGCUUGAUGAUCCUGACAACUUCGAAACUUGGGAAAAACUGAUUCGCGCCGCGGAGGCCCUCGAGGGUGGAAUAACGCGCAAUUCCAGCCCCCAGGCCAUCACAACCGUUCGCGCAGCCUACGACCGGUUCCUUGCCAAGUUCCCAUUGCUCUUUGGAUACUGGAAGAAGUAUGCCGACCAAGAGUUCUCUCUCACCGGCACUGAGGCCGCUGAGAUGGUUUAUGAACGAGGCAUUGCUAGUAUCUCGCCCUCUGUUGAUCUCUGGACGAACUACUGUUCGUUCAAGGCGGAAACUUCGCACGACCCCGAUAUAAUUCGAGACUCGCGAAAGUUCUCGUGA